AUGCUUAAAAAGAAGACGUUGGCGCCGUCCCUCUUCUUCCGGAAUCACACUCCUACCGCUACCCCCGAAUUGUCCCCCACCUCCUCAGACAGCGACUCCGAAGAGGAUAUGGAAUCAUCUGGCUCCCGGCCAGUCAGCCUGGCUAUCUCGUCGGGGGCCUUCUCUAUGCACCCAACGCUCGACGAGGUGCUGGCCAACAUUGCUCCCCCUCCAUACACCUUGAGCGCCUUCAUGGCCUACCUCUCCCAGAACCAUUGUCUCGAAACCUUGGAAUUCACCAUGGAAGCCAACCGGUACCGGGAUUCCUACUACGCUUUGACUGAAAGACUCGGACACGCCGCUAUGGAAUCGGAAUCCUCCGACACUCAGCACCUGCGAAUGCUUUGGAAACGUCUAUUGGCCGCAUACAUCUUCCCGGGGUCGCCUCGCGAGAUCAACCUGUCGAGCGAAGUUCGAGACGCACUCCUGCAGUACAAGAACGUGUCCACACCCCCCAUGCCGGAGACGUUAGAUUCCGCUGUGAAGCGCAUCCACGACUUGAUGGAGGAAUCCAUCUUCCUCCCUUUCGUCAACAGCCACACCACCUCCCCGUCCAUGGGACCCUCCGAACCUUUCAUGGGACCCGACGACUUCAUGAGUCUCUCAUCGACCAGUCUGGAUGAACACCCAAUGAAAAGGGUGCGGUCGCGCGUGUCGAAGCGCAUCUCCCCGCAGUCGUCCACCAAGGAUCUUCCCGCAACGGGUCACAGCCGCUCAACCAUGUCUCUCGGCGCCGUGCAUGCCAUCGGCAAACGCACUUCCGGUGCCCUUCUCAGCACGAGCGGCGAGUCAUCUUACCUCUCUCUGACCGACGACUCUUCCUCCCCGCAGUCCAGUCCCACCGCCGAGGAGCCCAUGACGCCGCCCACCACCCCGCCUGCCAGCGAGCCGCAUCUUCCCAUCCACAGCCCCAGAUUUCGCACCGAGAACCCUUGGAAGAAGAUGGGUAUGAAGCUUGGCUUCAAGAAGCGUUCCACUGGAGGCAGCAGCGGUGGUCCUCGCGAUCCUAAGGUUCUUGGUCUUGACGACUAA